UUUUACGCGCCGUGCGUAAAGCGCUUUAGUCCGUCUCCAGAGCGCACGGACCAGCAGCAGGGAGAGCAGGAGAAGAACAGAGGUGCAUAUUUUAAACACCGAUGUAGAGUCUGUUACGUUUACACUUUGCUCUACGUGCAGGAGGUGAAUCUGUCUUUAAAAGCUUCGUGUGUCCUCGGCUCCUUGGAGGUUCGUUUGGGGGCCGAAUUUACCGGCGGGUUCCGUUGAUCCAAAGUGACAGAGGCGCGGAUGUCAGCGCUGCUUCAGAAGCGGAGCCGAGCGAUUGUUUCCUAAAAUAGGGCAAAGGACAACCGAGACCUGGCUUCCCGCUCCAGGUUUGGUUAAUUCAAAAGGACAGAGGAGAGAGAAAGAAGCGGGGAGAGGAGAGAGACUUGUAAGCGGGACUUACACCCGAGGAUCCAGAGGAUGGAGAUUUAAACUCUCAAUCAUCGUCAGACACCCGCCCCCUUUGUUCCUUUCUUUUUAUUUAUUAUUUUUUUUCUUUUAAAUUAGAUUUCCACUUUUGGUUUUAUUUAUUUAUGUUGAUGGCAGCCGGGAGCCGCGUGACUCUCCCCGGGGUUUUCCACUCGGGCUGCCGGGGAAAGAGAGAGGAGAGAGCCGAGAUCACAGAGCGGUGCCGGGACCCGAGCUAAGCGCUGAGCGCCUGAGAGGAGAGACUCGGAGCAGGUCCUGUGAGUGUAACUGUGUGUCUGUAAAAUGGCGCUGCCAGCUAAGCACGUAUGAUUGGACAUGGAGGCCGUCAUUCCAGCCAACUCCACACAGGACGAGCUCCCACCCGACGAUGACGCCCUUAACGCUGCUUUCCUCGAAUACGACCCUAACACUGGUGUCGCUUCCCCGGCUCUGCCUACAUUGGCAUUUGAGGGAGUGAAUUACCUAGAGGACCCCAUCAGCCUACCGAGUGUACAGGUGGUGUUGAUCCUGGCCUACAGCACCAUUAUUGUGCUGGGAGUUCUGGGUAAUUCUCUUGUCAUCUAUGUCAUCUACCGCUUCAAGACGCUGCGCACUGUCACCAACUUCUUCAUUGCUAAUUUGGCUGUUGCCGACCUGCUGGUCAACACUCUGUGCCUGCCGUUCACCCUCGUCUACACCCUGCAGGGUGAGUGGAAAUUCGGUAGCACCCUCUGCUUCCUGCUGCCCUACGCCCAGGGGCUCACCGUGCAUGUUUCCACGGUGACGCUCAACGUCAUCGCCCUGGACCGCCACAGGUGUAUCGUGUACCACCUGGAGACCAGGAUGCGUAAGGACGUGUGUUUUGCAGUGAUAGCGUUGACAUGGGUGCUGAGCGCCAUCCUGGCUAGCCCUCUGGCUAUCUUCAGAGAGUAUGGCUCUUUCACACUGGAGCCUGGACAUACCAUACAGGCGUGUAUGGAGAAAUGGCCUGGGACAAACACAGAUGGCACCAUCUACAGCAUCUCCAUGCUUAUCCUGCAGUAUUUUCUCCCCCUGUCCAUCAUCUCCUUUGCCUACGCCCGCAUCUGGUCCAAAUUGCGUGGUCACGUCAGUCCAGCAGAGAGUGGUGGCAACAGCAGCGCCGCCUCCGAACGUCACCGCCGGCGCCGCAAAACCACCAAAAUGCUGGUGACUAUGGUAGUGGUGUUUGCUGUGAGCUGGCUUCCCUUCCAUGCCUUCCAGCUGGCCACCGAUAUCGACAGCACGGUGCUGGACAUGCGGGACUUCCGCCUGCUCUACACCGUCUUCCACGUGAUUGCCAUGUGCUCCACCUUUGCAAACCCGCUGCUUUACGGCUGGAUGAACCGCAACUACCGCGCUGCCUUUCUCGCUGUCUUUAAAUGUCGCAGUGGCGGCGAGAGGGGGAGGGGUGGCCGACUGGACAGCAUUCACCCCGCUGGGGGAGGGGCAGGAGGAGGAGGCGGAAGGGCGAAGAAGAUAGUCCUUGAAACGCAGGAUGUGGUGUCUACACGCCUGAACGCCACUGAUGUGUGAGAUCCUGAGGAGGGAUGGAGGAGAGGAAGAGAUGGAAGAGAAAGGAAGGAAAAUAAAACUCUUUUGUCUUCUGGGAGACAAAAGAUUGCACAUGGAGAUGGAAGAAAAGAAGACCUAAAGAUGUGUGAGAAAAUAGAAACGGCACGAGUGAGAGGGAGCCAGCGGGGGGAUUAAAAAGCCCAAAAAUAGAGGAGAAGGCGGGGAUGAUUGGGGAUUAGGAGAGGAAGAAGAAUGACAGGAGAAGAGAUGAAGAGCUGCUGAAUAACUCAAAGUCUUCUCAAACAACUGAAACGGCAUCUUUCUGAGGACAUGACCUUGCUGUGAUGGAAAUUUCCCACACUGUAAAGACGUGCUUCGAGGAUGAAAUUAUGUUUGAAGGAUCUGUGACACUUAAAAAAAAGUGGGAAAGUCUGUAUGGAGAACAGAUUAAGAUGCCAAUUUUUUGUGGACAGAAAAAAAUGACCAAAAGAAAUGGACUUUAAAAUCUAGUCAGAACAGGGCUUUGUCUCCAUCUUCAUUCCACACAUGAAACGUUUAACUCAAAAAUAUAAUCCACAGUGGCUUACAAACGGGCUCUCUUACAGAAAGCUUAUGAAAUUUUAGGCCACUGUUAAAUCGAAAAUUAGAAGAAAAGCCGGGGGAAAAAUACAAUUUGAAUGCAUGAUGCAACCUUUGAGAAAUCUCAGACACUGUUGUGAAAUUGUGCGUUUACUGUGGAUUAUCUGACAAAAAAGCCAGAUUGGAGGAGGGAAAAACAGAAAACAUGGAGGUGGCCAAGAAGUAGAUGUGGUCAAAUGAUUCAUAUUAGAAGGGAGAUGCUUUGUUGUCCUUUUUUUUAAUUGACGGAGGAUAGAGAGCAAGGGAAUCAGAGACAAGGGCGGAAGCUGUAACUGUGAUAAAGGGAUCAGUAGGAGGAAAAGACAAGAGUGAAAUGUGGGAUAAUGAGGCAACAUUUACAAAAAUGUAUUUCAAAUGAACUGUAUCCAAUUUAGAAAGAAACAUAAGAGAAAGGAUCCUUACUUUCAAGCUAACACACGAAUGUUUGAAUAAAAUGAAAACCUGAGUGAUUUACUUCCUUCUCUUUGAUCACUUUAGCACCUUAGUGAAGCCGUAAAUUUAUUACAUCGCGACUUCAAUUUUUCCAGUUAUACAGACACAAAGACCAGGUCAUCAUUUUAUGCUUCUAAUAUUAAUCUGAUUUGAUUCAUCUGUGCUCAGUCUACCAAGACUUUUUAUUGUAACUCAAUUACGAAUGGAGGAAAUAUCAUGAAAGUAUGAUCGGCCACAUUAAAGCAAAGCUCAUUACGUAGAUAUGCCACUUUUUCAAUAACUUUAAUGGAUGCUUUGAAUUCCAAAUAACUUCCACAAGUGAAUACUUUAUUCAUAGACUUUUACAUGGAUUUAGGGCAUGAUGUUUGCCCUGCAGAAUUUAAAAACAAAAAGCUUAACUUGUUUUUUAUACUUGAUUAUAAUUAGGAUCUUUGAGUUUAUAGCACCACUGAAUCUCUGAAUGUUUUGGGACAAAUCUUAUCAACCCUUCCAAACACAGUCAAAUCAUCAGAACACUGUUACCACUGUUCUGAUGAUUUUUUUAGUUGCUCAAUCCAGGUCGGUUGGACAUGAUGGUGGCUAUGCCCAUGUUUUUAUAUUGUCUGUGCUCUAGCCUGAUGGAAGAAUAAGCCCUGUUUAUUCCAGCGUUACAAAUUUACCCUGUAUCUACUUGUAUUGUUGUAUUUUUAGAUUUCAACUACACUGGAACAAAACUUCCAAACUUCAACCAAACGGUGGCCUAGGCUAAAUGUAAUGCUGUGUUCACCCUGUGUUUACAUGAAACCACACCAAGAGGUACCACAUCUAUACAUUUAAAAAAGUUUUCAAUUUAGUUGAAAAAUUUGAAAGCCUUAGAGCUGAGAUUGCCUCAUAGACUCUGAUGAAGGACAAACCAAAGCUAAACGAUUCAACUUCUCUUUUAUGCAAACAAAACAUAAAAUGGGCUUUAAGUGAGCAAAGUCAUAGGACCUCCUGAUAUCUUACUUACUGAUGUUACAGUAACUUCUUUCUAGUGCUCUGUUACACUCUAACUCUUGUUUGUGAGGCGAAAAUUCACCUUGAGUUUGAUGUUUCCGCACCACUGGGGAUAGGGCAACAUCAUUACAAGAGGCAGAGUAGGGCCUACCCAAUCCUGCAUCAACUCUGUAGAUAUGUCUCUACACCAGGGGUCCCCAAUCCCAGUCCAUGAGGGCCGGUGUCCCUGCAGGUUUUAGAUGUGUCCUUGAUCCAUCACAGCUGAUUUAAAUGGAUAAAUUACCUUCUCAACAUGUCUUAAAGUUCUCCAGAGGCCUGGUAAUGAACUAAUCAUGUCAUUCAGGUGUGUUGACUCAGGGUGAGAUCUAAAACCUGCAGGGACACCGGCCCUCGUGGACUGGGAUUGGGGACCCCUGCUCUACACUAUCAACAAGCACCUGAGCUUUCCUUGUGACCCAUCAUAGAACCAAAACAUCUAGAGCCGUCAGCAGACUGAGUUCACUGUAAUUCUAAAGGCUCCAACAACACUAACCUUUGUUCAGGCCUCCCUAAAUAGGGUUAAACCCAGGAACUCCUAAAUGCUAGGAAUACCUAAUCCACAUCUUUUUAAAUGGAACAUUUCAAGCAUUGGUUUGAAAGUAAACACUAAAUUCAGCCACCUGGAAACUGUGGGAAAAUGGAGACCUACUGCUUGGUUCUGCUGGAGGUGGUCUUUAACAUUUCAUGCUUAAAAUUAGCAUCUUUAGAAGACUAUGGUUAUACACUGUUGGAAAUAAAUUUAAUUUAACUUAAGUGAACCUAGUAAAGCCGCAAUAGAUUCUUUUUCCUAAACAUCUGUUCAAACAAACACAUGAAAUAUCAUGGAAAAAAACAUUGUCAUCAUGAUUUCAAAGCGUAUUCCACAAAAUCGUUGUUUACUGCAGCUCGUAUUUUUUCUUCACUCAGUCGACUGAUCCUGUACCUUCCUUGGUAAGCCUAUGGCACAGGAAUAGAAAGAAGGUUCCUCCAGUAAGUUGAAACAACUGGGAAGAGCAGGUAGUUAGAGAUAUCUUUAGGCCUCAGUCAGGCAGGUCUUUAGAUCAGCCCCCUGACCCCCCUGGGAACACCAGAAAAAAUGUAUGGUCCCUGAUGGGUUGGUGAGUGGAUGCUGGCUAUUGAUGGUUCCCAGCAAAUUACAGUGGUUUUCUGUGGUUUGCACAUUAGAUGCCAGCUUGUCUGUGUACACUCAGCAAGUACUUGCCCAGUCAUGCCUGGGCUUGAAACUUAGUUUCUAUGGAAACGUAGACCAUGCACCUUUACCAUAAAGGUUGCACCUUUUGAAACAAGUUAAAAACUUUAAACUACUAGGUAAGGUUUAGUCAAAAACAUCUUCAUGGUUAACUUGCGGAGUUAAAAAAUUUAACUUAGUAUGGUUCCAAAUGAACUCCUUAGUGGUUCACUGUGAAUGUGAUCUGACCUCAAUCUAAACCAACUACCAGGUGCACUUUACAAGUUUGAUUUAAUAAAAAAACAUCCCAUAGUCACUCAUGCUUUGUAUUCUCAAUCGGAAACCAACUACUGGCAAUAUAUUUGACAACUUAUAAUGGCCACCGAUUAUAUUGACAACAUUCAAAUUGGGUGGUCUGCCUCUCUCUGGUUAAUAUGGUGGGUUUCUGUGUUAAGUUAACAUAAAUAAAAGGCUAAACUUACUGUUUUGGAAAGGUAGGAAAUAUUGAUGUUACUUGUGGGAAAUAUUCCUAAGUGUUUCCACACAUAAUGUUUGCUCUUAAUUUUGUGUUAAUUAUGAACUAAUUAGUUCCAUUGUUCAAAAUGUUAUUACCAAAGGUUGUUUCUUUAAGAGUCUAAAAUUUAAUUGCCUAAUUGAAAUUCCAACUCUCAGUUUUCCCCUGGCAGAAGCUUUAUCAACAUACUGAUUUGCUGUAAGCACAACUGGCUGAUUGAAAAAUGACCUGCAGAAGGUGAAUACACAUCAGAGAUACAGGCGUGUAAGAAAACUCAUCAAAAGUAGACAAAUGACAUCUUUUAAAAAGCUUUGGUGUUCUUGACAUCUAUUCCUCUUUAAAUCCUUCCAUUAGCGGAUCCUUUCUCUCUGAGCUGCAUCACUGCUUCACCAGACCAGCAAUCCCACAAUCCCUCUGUUCCCUCCCACUGAACCUGCUUCUCUCUGUCCUCGUUUCAGCUCCUCGUCUGUCUCUUCUCCUCCUAUGAAUGCAUGUAUUACGCAGCUAGAAAUGGACAAAAAGAAUAUGAGAAAUGUCAGUUUCAUUUUGAGAAGUCUAAGUGCUUAGAUGCAAAAACAGAAAAAUUAUGCCUGCAAAAUUAUGUGUCGAAACGAACAGCUUAGAAAUGACAGAUUCAAUUAAAAAAUGACCUGAAAUAUUUUUGCAAAAAUUAAACAUUUGUAACCAUUAUGUACUUUAUUUAAACAACAUACUUCUAACUUAAAGUCGUUGGGAUGAAUUUUUCAUUGCUAUUAUACUUACAUGGACAUGUAAAGAGGUUCAGAUAGGGAGGCUGAAGAUACAUGCUUUGCUCAGACUCCCCAAAUCCAAAAAUGAGCUAUGUGUAAACAUCACCAUCCACUUUUGUCCACAGGAAUAACUCCUAAAAUCCAGAAAUAUCUUAGUUUUGAUGAACUGCUCCCUCAUCUCAGUGUCACUGGGGUUUUUUAAGGAGGUAUUUGGUUAGAUGCCUGAAAUAAUCUUCAGUUAUGUCCCCUUAGUUUUUUUUUUCAACAACAUAUGUAAGAACAUUUCAUUGCCAUGCCCUAAAAAUGUGCUAACAAAUGACUAAAUGCAACUACAUUUCAUCAUAAGAUCCAAAGUGAUGCUCAAUUCCAGUUUUCCCCACAAAAAAAUUAUCCCUACAGCAAUCCACUAGGAAACUGCACUGAGUAAGCAGGGUCCUGAAUUAAGAAUUCAUAUUUGUUAUUAUAGAGUUGCAUUGACAUGUAAGGCAGUCAACCCCAGAGGAAAGGAAAAAAGAAGGAAAGCAUCUAUAAAUCACUUUUUUACAACUCACAAUUACCAAAUUUUAAAAUGAAUAUAAUCAGUAACUGUGAAGUUAACACAUUAUCCUUCUUAUUAAAAAUUUCAAGGAUCCUUUACCCCUCCUUUGGAGUCAUUUUAAGAGGUUUGGUUUAAAAUAAACCCUCACAAUGUUAAAUAUCUUAAAGUGCUAACUUUUGCCCGUUCUGAGAUUGAAGGACUCCCUCUGAUUCCAAUAUAUUACUCAGCAUGUUGAAGAUUUUUCCCCAAAUGGCUAACCAGUAUAUUCCAUUAUGAAAUAAGCAUCACUUUGUGAAGAUUUUACAUGGACUUAUGCAACCUCCCAAUAUAAAUCUUCCAAUUAUGGCUAGACAUUUUUUAUUGUCCAAAAAUGUAGCUAUAUCUCAUCCAUCUAGCCGUCUAUUCAUCUUUUGGUUAUCCAGUUCAGGUCAUGAAUAAUGAAGGCAGUUGGACUUCUUUAAGUUGCCUUCUUUAUUCAAGCUCAUAAUACUACCAUGACCUGGAUGAUCGAGAACCUAAACACACAUUUCCAGUUCAGUGUCAUGGUCUAGCUUAAGCCUAUCCCAAUACCUUAGUAAAACAGGGGUAUCUGUCUUUAUUUCCCAGUAAACAACAUUAAAAGAUGAACUGAAGAAUAAUAAAUCUUCCCCCUACUUCAUUACCCAUGUUAGUCAAACCAUUAGGUAUUUCAUUCAAUCCCAUUGCUCACAGGUGUAUAAAGCAAGCACCUAGCCACGCAGUCUGCCUUUAAAAACAUUUGUCAAAGAAAGAGUUGUUCUGAAGGGUUCAGAGAACUUGAGCGUGGUAAUGUAGCAGGAUACAACUGUUGCAACAACUUCAUGAAAUUUCUUAAAACUCUUAGUUAUUCCACAACAGUGACUAGACCACAUAAAGUUACAUGUCCACUAAAAACUCUUCUUCAAAGUUCAGUUAACAAACGUUUACCGCUAGAGCAUUGGACCCCUGAUUUAUCUUCCUCAAAUGACCAACUGAGACCAAACGGAGUACCUUAAUAAAGGUAAGCCUACAUGUUAUCAAAGUUGCUAGCAAGAUACAAAAGGAGAUUUGCCAGUUGUCUCCAAUUCUUUCCAUUUUCUCCAGAUUUCUCAGUUCAUGUGAUGUAUGUCUUUUGACUCAUAUGAAUUGUAAACACUGUCUAUUAGUUUCUCAAAUGGUCCAAAGUCUCCACAACUGUUUCUAUGAAAAAAUACAAUAAAACCGUCAGUGGAAAAAAAGUGUAGAUGUGGCAAAUACCACGGUACCAUAGCUUAAAAAUCCCUUUGAAAUUAAUCCAAAAAUAAGAUAGAAAUAGAUUUAACCUGCCAACUGGGAGCUUUCUGUUGGAACAUAAUGUCUUCAGUCAAAAUUCACCACGGGGAUCCUGGUUUAUUUUUUCAGUGUAUUUUCGUUCAUUUGCAAACAUUAUUGUUCCGUUAACUGUAUUUUUUUCUUUUGUACAGUUUUUUUAAAAUUAUUAUUUGACUUUUUCCCUUUCACUGAGUUUCAAAGGCCAACUUUAAACAAAUUGAAAUGAAAUACUUUCACAAACCUCUGCUUUAAAUGUUUCUAGUGAUUAAAUGGGCUGUCUUUUCUGUUUGUUUGUUUGCUUGUCUUAUAAGAAAAGAGUUGAACAGAUAUUUAGCUCCUUAUAGGUUAUAUUGUGCCAGUUUGUGACAGAAGGCCACAGAUGCUGCUCGACCUUUAUCAAAUAUGAAUGUAAACUGCUUUGUAACAUGGCUGUAAUGUUGUAUAUUCUAUAACUGUGUAAAUAUUGACUGUGUGAACGACUGUAACCAAGCACAAACUGUUGGCCUUUACCAGUGUCCAACAACAGAUGUACUAUUCUCAAGCACAAA